CACAAUUCAUAUCCUAUCCUCAAAACCAAUUAAGCGAUAGACAUCCCUUUAAGGUUCUCUCCUCCACUGCAACUUCUUCUUUUUUCCGUAUAUAUAUAAUGGUGGGUGGAGCCUUCUUCCUCUGCAAGAGCACCUCUCUCUCUCUCUCUCUCUCUCUCUCUCUCUCACACACACUCACACAUAUGGCUUUGAUAGUGGAUAUUUGCAGUUUAAAAUUUUUCUUUAGCCUACUGGCCCUGGCAGUUGGUGGUUUGGUGUACUUCUAUGCACCCUACUGGCGUGUGAGAAAAGUACCUGGUCCUCCCACCACUCCAAUCGUUGGUCACCUUCCCUUACUAGCAAAGCAUGGUCCUGAUGUCUUCAGUAUCCUUGCCAAACGCUAUGGGCCCAUCUUUAGGUUUCAAAUGGGUAGGCAGCCGUUGGUGAUAGUAGCAGACCCAGAACUGUGUAGGGAGGUUGGGAUAAAGAAAUUCAAGGAUUUCAGCAACAGAAGCAUGCCUUCUCCCAUCUCAGGGUCCCCUCUUCAUCAAAAGGGACUUUUCUUCUCCAGGGAUGCAAGAUGGUCUACAAUGCGAAACACAAUAAUAUCAGUCUACCAGCCGUCUCACCUCUCCAACUUGGUUCCUACCAUGCAAUCACUCGUUGACUCAGCCACUACUCUUAACCUUCCAGCCUUUGAAGAAGAAGACGACAUUGAUUUCUCUACUCUUUUCAUUAGACUGUCCACUGAUAUCAUUGGAAAAGCUGCAUUUGGAUUCGACUUUGGCCUCUCUAAACAGCAGAACUUGAACAAUAAUUCAAUGAAGAACAUUAAUGGCAGUACUGAUCAUGAUCAUGGAUACAGCAAUGAUGAUGAAGUUGCAGAUUUUAUCAAACAACAUAUCUACUCAACCACAGCUCUCAGGAUGGACCUCUCAGGUUCAUUCUCCAUGAUCUUGGGACUAUUAGCCCCUAUCCUCCAAGAACCUUGCAGGCAAAUCCUCGAGAGGAUACCAGGAACUACUGACUGGAAAAUUGAUCAGACAAACCAGAGAUUAACUAGACGGCUUGAUGAAAUAGUAGCAAAGAGAAUUAAGGAAAAAGACAGAAAAUUAUCAAAGGACUUCUUGACACUGAUAUUAAAUUCUAGGGAUUCAGAUACUGUGUCCAAGAAUGUCUUCACCUAUGACUACAUCAGUGCACUCACUUAUGAACACUUGCUUGCUGGUUCAGCAACUACAUCCUUUACACUCUCUUCGAUCCUUUAUCUUGUCGCUGAGCAUCCAGAAGUUGAGAAGAAGUUACUCCAUGAGAUUGAUAGCUUCGGGCCAUAUGAUCUGAUGCCAACAGCACAUGAUCUUCAGGGCAAGUUUCAGUAUCUUGAUCAAGUGAUAAAAGAGGCAAUGAGGUUUUAUACUGUGUCCCCAUUGGUUGCAAGAGAAACAUCCAAACAAACAGAGAUAGGAGGCUGCAUCCUCCCCAAGGGUACAUGGGUUUGGUUAGCACUUGGGGUGCUAGCUAAAGACCCUAAGCAUUUCCCUGAACCAGAGAAAUUUCGCCCCGAGCGGUUCGAUCCUACCUGUGAGGAAGAAAAACAACGGCAUCCUUAUGCACAUAUCCCGUUCGGAAUUGGGCCUCGAGCAUGCAUUGGACAGAAAUUCUCAAUCCAAGAGAUAAAGCUUGUCCUGAUUCAUCUCUACAGAAGAUACAUUUUUCGACAUUCCCCCAACAUGGAGAAACCAUUGGCAAUCGACUAUGGAAUGAUUCUUAGUUUCAAGCAUGGUGUUAAGCUCAAAGUAAUCAAACGAGCUGAAAGAUAGUAAGUAUAUAUUUGAAAUAGAUUCAUCAAAGUUAUUUCAUAUGCUUUCAAAGAUCUAAAGGUUUAGUAUAUAGGAACAAGCAGCUUAGUUUCUGCACCUGGAUUUUGCUAUGCUUUGGGAUGUAAUGGAUAGUGAGUUCCAAAAUCGGUCCAAAUGUUUAUCCAGAUAUUUAUCCUUUAAUUAGAUAUCAGAAAGCAGUUCAGAUUGAAUUUGA